UAUUUGCCAACUUGAACUACGGGAGUACGCACGUGUAGGCAUGGCUGCCGAAUUGAAGACUGCCCAACCUGUGGAAUACUACAGAACAUUCAUUAAAGAAGACAUUCGUCCUGAUGGGAGAGAGCUUGGAGAAAUCCGGCCAACUAUUCUUAAUGUUGGUUCAAUAACAACAGCAGAUGGUUCAGCACUUGUGAAGCUUGGGAACACCACUUGCAUCUGUGGCGUCAAAGCGGAAUUCUGUACUCCUGAAGAGGAUCAGCCAAAAUGCGGAAUUGUGGUUCCGAAUGUAGAGUUACCACCUCUGUGUUCCUCACAGUUCAAGCCCGGACCUCCUAGUGAAAAAGCUCAAGUCAUCAGUCAGCUCAUUGCUGAUGUUAUCAACAAUGCAAAGUGCAUCGAUAAGGAAUCCCUAUGUAUUGUUGAAUCGAAGUUAUGUUGGGUUCUGUUCUGUGACAUAGUAUGUCUGGACUAUGAUGGUAACAUUGUGGAUGCUUGCCUCAUUGCUCUAAUGGCUGCUCUUAAAAAUGUGUUGCUACGUGAAGUGACGAUUGAUGAAGAAUCACAACUUCCAGUCACAUCAUCGGAUAAGAUUGUCCCACUGAGCAUAAACAGCACACCAGUAGCAACCUCAUUUGCAAUCUUUGAUGAUGCUGUGUUAUUAGCAGACCCUACAAAUGAGGAGGAAUGUAUAGCUACUGGGAUGGUGACAGUGGUAGUGACUGAAGAUGGCAACUUACAAGCCCUUCAUAAACCAGGUGGAAGUCCACUCUCUGUCGACCAGCUACAAGACUGCAUCACAAGAUCCCAAACAAGAUCAAAGGAGGUUCUCAACUUAAUACACAACACUGUGAACAGUGUAGAUAGGUAGUACAACAGUGUUAUUCAUAAUUGUGUACAUUAUAUAGGGUUCGUUAUAUAAGAUAAAGAUGUUGGUUUCAUUUAAGAUGGCGCUCAUCCCAAGAUAUAAAUUUGUUGUUUUUCACUGAGCCCAUUUACCACAUUACCUUUGUAAACGCAUUGGAACAUUUACUUAACUAGACAUGCCCCUGGGAAAUACACAUUGGUUUAACUGUACAAUUUGUUGACAACUUACUCUUUUUUGUUUUGCUUUGGAUUGCUGAAACUGAAGUGCAAAGAAAGAAAUAUAUUUUAAAAACAUGGUUAGAAUAAAAAAAAACAUUUUUGUUUAUUGUUUCGUUAACUUGGUUGUAAUCCUUGGCUAUUCAGCAGGUACAGUUGAAUAUGCUGCCAACUUGAAUACAUGUAGCCCCAGAACAAAGUUAUUCCAGAAAUAGGGAGAUCGCCAACAUUAGGGUCAUAUAGCUCAGUUGGUAGAGUGCCGCGCACUAAUCAUGUUCAAACCCUGCUGUCCCAUUCAAUUUUUUUGUUUGGUAAUUUUUUAAUAAUUUUGGGGUGAACAGUCAGUUUUCCUUAGGUUUAUAUGUGUGACAACGCACUUAUGAAGAAUUUCACAUUUGAUUAAUCAUUAAAUCAAAUUCACUCAUCAAUUUGA